AUGUCAGCAGAAAUAAAUGUGCGAAGUAAUGAUAAGAAGAACUCCAAGGUGCCCUUGGUGAUUGAGAGCGACGUUAUCUACCCGACCAGUUCAUCUGGAAGUGACAUGUAUGAUGGGUCCGGUUUUGAACAGGCAUAUCUAGAAAAAUCAAAGAUUAUAUCUAGGGCAAUUGAUGAAAUUGGAUUCGGAAAAUAUCAGAUCGGACUGUUUAUAGUGGCAGGGUUUGGAUGGUUUGCAGACAACGCCUGGCCGGUUGCGACUAGUUUGAUCCUGCCACGACUACUAGAAGUCGAUGGAGUUCAUCCGCCAAGCGAAGGCAGGACUCCGUUUAUUCCCUUGGCACAAAAUUUGGGAUUGUUAGCAGGAGCUUUGUUUUGGUCUCUAUCAUCGGAUGUCACUGGGAGAAAAUGGGCCUUUAAUAUUACGUUCUUAUGGACAGCGGUCUGGGCUAUUGUGGCGGGGUCAUCGCCUAAUUUUGCAGCGUUGGGUGUAUUCGCAGCACUUUGGAGUUUUGGAGUAGGGGGGAAUCUUCCUGUUGAUUCAGCUAUUUUCAUUGAAAACAUACCUUCCAAAUACAAUUAUUUGUUAACGGUAUUGAGUAUAUUUUGGGCAUUUGGUCAAAUCGUUACAAACUUACUUUCUUGGGCUUUAAUUACAAAUUAUUCUUGCGAAACCGAAAUUGUUCGCAAGAGCUGUAACUGGGGUUGGAGGUAUUUUUUAUUUGCAAUGGGAGGUCUAACCUUUUUACUAUUUGGGAUUCGGUUGGCAUUCAGGGUCCUUGAGUCUCCUAGAUUCCAUAUGUCAAGAGGUGAUGAUGAGGCUGCAAUUAUCACAUUACAUCAAAUUGCAAAAAUCAACGGUAAAGAGACCAGCAUCACGCUUGAUGAUUUGAAAGAGAUAGAUGCACGGUAUCCGAGACCAGACAAUGUUGAAGUCAAAGAAGAUGGGUUACUUUCUGGAAGGCAGAUUAUCAAAAAUAAACUGGCGAAAUACAAGUUAGAGCACAUCAAGCAGGUGUUCGGUUCUAGAAAACAGGCGUAUUCUUCUUCGUUGGUAAUAUUUGUUUGGGCGAUAAUUGGUCUUGCGUUCCCACUUUAUAAUGCUUUUUUGCCAACUUACCUUUCGGAAAGAGGAAAUGCGAAUGCUUCAUUGAGUGUUGCCUUGACCUAUAGAAACAGCUUGAUUAUAGCAGUGAUGGGUAUACCUGGAGCUAUUAUUGGCGGUAUUUGCGUUGAAUCGAAAUUGGGGAGAAAAGGUAGUCUCUCUUUAUCCAUGAUAAUUACUGGGGUAAUUUUGUUUGGUUCGACCACUGCAAAAUCCAGUAAUUCAUAUUUGGGAUGGAAUUGUGGAUUCAAUAUUGUUUCAAAUAUAAUGUAUGGGGUAUUAUAUGGGUAUACUCCUGAAAUAUUCCCUACCAGAGUGAGAGGCACAGGUGUCGGUCUCGCUGCAUCGGCAAAUCGUGUUCUGGGGAUAUUUUCUCCAAUCAUUGGGAUGUAUGCCAAUUUGGCCACUUCAGCUCCAAUCUUUGUUAGUGGAGCCCUUUUCAUUCUAGCCGGAGUAAUAUCUGCAUUUUUUCCGUACGAAUCGAGAGGUAGAGCGAGCUAUUGA